AAAUAAGCUUAGCGAUCUACUAAAAUUUCACUCUUUAGGGCUACGAUACUUUAUGUGGUGCAAAAGGUAAUCAGCUAAGCGGUGGACAGAAACAAAGAAUUGCAAUUGCACGAGCUCUUGUAAGAAAUCCAAAGAUAUUAUUGUUAGAUGAAGCAACAAGUGCACUCGAUUAUAAAAGUGAGAAAAUUGUACAACAAACUUUAGACAGAGCUGCAGAUGGUAGAACUUGCUUAACAAUUGCACAUCGUCUAUCUACAAUCAGAGAUUGUAAAAGGAUUGCUGUUGUUAGUCGAGGGCAUGUCCAGGAAGAAGGCGCUCAUGAUCAGUUGGUCGCUAAACGUGGUACAUACUUUAGCCUGCUUUUAGCAGAAGUUCGACGCGACCCAUUACCUCAAGUUCGACGUGAUACAUUAUCUUAG